AUGAUAGAAGAAAAUAUUGUCGAUGUUAUUGUAGUAGGAGCUGGAAUAUCAGGUCUUUAUGCAGCUUAUCGAAUCAAACAAAAAUCACCGGAACUUAAAAUACUUGUACUCGAAGCAAAAGAUCGAGUUGGUGGUCGAACAUUAACAAGUGAUAUUAUAACAUCUCAUGAUGGAAAUGAAACAGAUCGAUUUGAUCUUGGUGGUCAAUGGGUGACUGAUACACAAGAAAAUAUUACAGCAUUACUUAAUGAAUUAAAAUUAGAAACAUAUUUACAAUAUCAUACAGGCAAAAGUAUAGCAGAAUUACAACGUCAUAUACAAAAAUAUGCUUUAUCAAUGCCAUUUAUUUCUUUACUUUCAUUUCUUGAAAGUAUUUAUAGUGUUUUUCGACUUGAAUCGUUAGCAUCGACUGUUCCAACAUGGAAUCCUAUGAUGACAAGAAAUGCUGAUUAUCUUGAUCAACGUACACUCGAAGAUUUAAUGAAACCAUGGAUACAUAAUCGUGCUAAACCAUUGAUGACUGCUGCUAUACGAACUGUAUAUGGCUGUGAACCAGAACAAGUAAAUGCUCUAUUUGCUUUAACAUAUGCUCAGGCAGGUGGAGGGUUUAUGAGACUAACAUUAACAGAUCCCGGUUGUGCACAAGAAAAGAAAAUUAAAGGUGGAUCACAACAAAUAUCACAAUUACUUGUUGAACAUAUUGGUAAAGAACAAGUUCUACUUAACACACCGGUGCAAAAAAUUGUACAAAAUGAUGAUGGUACUGUUUUGGUGAAUACAACUGACAAUCAAACAACAUUUCAAUGUCGUAAACUUAUUCUAGCUAUUCCACCUUCACAAAUAAUUCCAAUACAAUUUGAACCAAUGCUACCAGGAUAUAAACGUGAAAUGCUUAAACAUAUGCCCAUUGGCAGUUAUCUUAAAUUUGUUUUUAUUUUUGAUAAAGCAUUCUGGCGAGAAGAUGGUCUUAAUGGAGAAGUUAUUAGUGAUGGAAGUUUUGCUCCACUUGGACUUUCAAUUGGUCCCAUGACUUAUUUGAUUGAUGGUACAAGUUCUAAUGGUACACCUGCUUUGAUAGGUUUUAUCGGUGGUCGAUGUGCUUCGGUAUGGACAAGUGUAACAUAUGAAGAACGACGUAAAGGUUUAAUUGAAUGUCUAUCUCGAUAUUUUGGUGGUCAUAAAAUUUCGACUCAUUUAAUUGAAUAUGUUGAAAAAGAUUGGAAUUUAGAACCAUAUUCAGGUGGAUGUCCAUGUCAUAAUGCAACAACAGGAACAAUGAAAGAUUUUGUUGAUGGUUUAAGAAAACCAUAUAAAAAUAUUCAUUUUGCUGGUACAGAAACAGCUAGUCAAUGGAUGGGAUAUAUGGAUGGUGCAGUUGAUGCUGGACGACGUGCAGCAUCAGAAGUUUUAGUAUCAUUUCGUGAUAAUAAUCAAUUAAAAGAUAAUGAAAUUGAUCCAUAUACAUUUGAAAGUCAAAAUCGUAGAUAUCAAAAUUUUCGAGUACCACGAUCAAAAUUUUAUUAUGCCAUACCAAUAAUUAUUGUUACUGUUGCUGCUUUAUCUAAAAUAUUUUUUCCGGGAAUAUUUCAGUGA